UACCCGACGAGGUCGUCCGACGACUGGUAUAUAUAAUGUACCAGUUGUCGAACGACCUCGUCGGGUCAUGGCCACUCACAACAAUGUUUUUAAUCUUGACAAACAUGGCGGUACUCGUCGGUUGGAUAACUGAGUUUGUCCGAGAGAUUUUGCAGAUCUCUGGGCUGACUCUGCUGUCUGUUCUCGUCCUUGGUGUUGCUUUUCUCCUGCUGGUAUAUUUCCUCUUGAAGCGCCGGCCGAGAAACCUGCCUCCCUACCCGGCAGGACGUGUGCCCCUUCUCGGGCACCUCCUCGCCUUGGGCCGAGCGCCUCACCUCAAGCUGACGGCGUGGAGGCGGCAGUACGGGGACGUCUUCACCGUCAGGAUGGGGAUGGAAGAUGUGGUGGUUCUGAACGGCUACACUGCCGUCAAGGACGCGCUCGUGGACAGGUCCGAGCUGUUCGCUUCCAGACCGGAAAACUACAUGAUUGACGUUGUCUUUGGUUAUGGAAAGGGUGUCGCGGUUGCACGCUGGGGGGCAGCGUUCAAACAGAGAAGGAAGUUUAGCCACACCGCCUUAAAGACCCUUGGCAUGAAGGUCGGAACUGGUAGCAUUGAGGAGAAAAUCCGAGAGGAGGCGAGCUGUCUCCGCAACAGGAUGGCAGGAUACGAGGAGAAGCCCGUUGACGUUUUAAAUGACGUAAGCGUUUCUGUCGCAAACGUCAUCUGCGGCAUGACAUUCGGGAAGUGCUAUAACUACGAGGAUGAAACGUUUCGGGAGCUCUUAGAUGCCAUAUCAAAUGUCAGUGCUGAACUGGGAUCUGGACAGAUCAUCAGCGUUUUCCCUCUCUUACGGUUUGUUCCUGGAAUAAACAGAACCUGUAAAGAUGUGCUGAAGCAGAAUUCCAAGAUUCAGGAAGUAUUGUUGGAUGAGAUAGCCCGCCAUCGCGAGAACCUGGAUCGCGAGAACCCGCGAGACUUCCUCGACGCCUGCCUGUUGGAGCUGGAACUGCAGGAAAAGGUUGACGGUCUUACAGAGGAGAACGUCAUGUACCUCGCAAACGACCUCUUCAUUGCAGGGACUGAAACAACCACCACCACACUGCUGUGGAGUCUGCUCUUCAUGACUUUGAACCCCGACAUCCAAAGCAAGGUGCAGCAGGAGCUUGAUGCCGUUGUUGGUGAGGGUCUUCCCGCCCUGUCCCACCGUUCCCAGCUGCCCUACGUGAGCGCCUGUCUGCUAGAGGUCAUGAGGAUCCGGACGCUCGGACCUCUGUCUGUUCCUCACGCUACAACUGAGGCCGUUAAUGUGCAGGGAUACCAUAUCCCAAAGGGGACCCAGGUACUACCGAACCUGUACUCCCUCCACAUGGACCCCGCCUACUGGCCUGAUCCGGAACGGUUUGACCCCGGAAGGUUUCUGGACGCGGAAGGAAACGUCAUCAACAAACCCGAGUCCUUCAUGCCUUUCGGUGGAGGCCGACGUGUGUGUCUCGGUGAGCAGCUGGCCAGGAUGGAGCUUUUCCUGUUCUUCUCCACCCUGCUGCAGUUUUUCACCUUCAGGACGCCAGAGGGCGCUAAUCCUCCAACCACUGACGGCAUAUUUGGUCCGGCGUUAAAGCCGCACCCCUUUCAGCUCUGUGCGAUCUCGCGUUAGUUUGUUGGCUAGAUUUGUGAGGAGUAACGAGACUUAUCUGACUUGUUUACAUAUAUAUUAUCAAGAAAACAAGAGUUCCACGACCUCAUACCUGGAAAAUAAUGUUAACCCUUCUGGUUCGAAUUACAAGUAUACAAUUUGAACCGCUGAUUUUGCAAAUAAGAGCUUCAUUUGCAUGGAUGAUAUCAGUUAAUAGUAUUCUCCACCAAAUAAUAAUAGCCUAAUCUUAACAAAAAAGGCUAUUUUAGCACUAUGAAUAAAUAAUGUUUAUUGAUGUUCACACUCUCUUAACUUCUAAAUGCAGCAAGUAUUAAAAU